GUCAGCGACCAAACAACAACAACACAGACAGCAGCUGGCGGCAGUGCGCGUGAGGAGCGGGGACCGGGCUCCCGAUUGUCUGCUAUGGCUCAUCGGGGUGGAUACGAUCGCGCGGAUGUGUCAGAGCAGGUGGAGCCGGUUAAAAGCGCAGAGCUGAACUCAGGUGAAGAGAUGGCGGAGACAGAGAUAGAGCAGACCACCGGCAGCGUCCCACGCCCUGCAGGGACAUUUCAUCCAUUCUGUAAUGUAUCAAAGCUGAUCAACUGGAAAAGACCAUUAUGGACUUCCGCUUUCUUCGCAAUUACAAAUAUUGGCUUCUGGUUGGUGUCCCUCAGUCCAUGUAGAGUAUUCAGCAUCAUCUCUUUGUGUCUGGCUGUCAUACUGGUGAUACAGAUCAUGCGAGAUGUGGCUCUUUCUAGAUCAAACGGAGCUGCUUUAUGGAGGAGUAUGACAAGCAGUUGGGAGGUCAUAGACUCUGCCCAGGAGGACAAGUCUGGAUCAGGAUCCCCGUUCACAGACCCCUGGACAAGCUUCAAGCUGUUCAUUGAAGAGACUUCCUCUUUUAAACAGCAGAAUCCAGGCAAGUUCUGUCUGCUGGUAUGCAGUAUGUGUUCCUUUCUGGCCUUACUCGGGCGUUACAUUCCAGGGGUUGUUAUUUCAUACACCUUAGUACUAGGAAUUUUUCUCUGGCCCUUGGUGUCAUCACAUGAGUUUGGAUUGUGGUUGAAACCAGUUAUGCAGAAACUGGACUUUGGAGUGGCCGACUUUCUUCAGAAAAUCAAGGAGAACCAUGAAAAAAGGAUACUUCAGUCACAAGCCGAAAGAGAGAGCAUUGAAGCAGAUCUGUCCUCACUUUUCCCCAAGGUGGACUCCACCGUGUGCAGGGAGCUGUCGAUAUCAGACACAGAGGUCUCUGAAGUGACAUGGACAGACAAUGGUACCUUUAACCUUUCAGAGGGAAACACACCUCAAACAGAAAACUCAGAGGACUCAGACCGGAGAAGCGAUGAAGAAGUCUUCACCGGUGGUCUACCAAAGUUUCCUUCCCUCGACAAUGUCUUGGGAACAAAUGGGGAGGAAGAUGAAGAUAGCAUUGGAAUGCCCACCACUCCUGCCCAUCCCAGCAGGUUUGGGUCCACACAAUCUGAAGAAGAACCUACAGUCCAGGCCCUGGAGGUUGUGCAGAGGUUAGCUGGAGACGUGAUAACAGCAGCAGUCACCGCGGCCAUGCAGGAACGCCUGGAGGCCAUGGUACCGCCGGCGCUGGUCCAGGCGCUCGCUGAGGAAUCAGACAGUGAGGCGGAGGACUUUGAGCUGUUGGACCAAUCAGAGCUGGAACAGCUGGAGGGAGAGCUGGGCCUGGACAGAGCGAACCGCGCAGAUCCACCUAAACCUGACAAACCAGGCUUUCUCUCGAAACUGCUGGGGCGACCCUGAUGUCAUUUUGAGGGAUUCCGCCUCCCUCUGUGAUGGGAUGUGGGUGGGAUGGUUUACAGGGAAAGGUCCAGGGUUGUGUAGGUAUCCCAUUGUUUUAACUUUAAUGGUGUGAUUUGGUUAUUUAGCUAUACAAAAUAAUCCAUCUGUGGCUAAUUGUGAGGGUAGUGGCUGGUUUUGGCACUGCUUUAUAUGAGUGGGUCAUUGUAUCACAUUCUCAUACCAACCGGACAAUGACCAGUGGGUUAUGGACCAGAGAAAUGUCACUAGUUUAGCUGUUAAAACAAGUAGGACGGAGGAAAGGUGGAUGCAGAAUGCUGCCAAAUAGGCUUUGUCUGUUCAACUUUUUGUCAUUUUCUCCUUUAAAAAAAGCUUAAUGGCUAAGAGACAGAGACUCCUACUUAUAGACAAUCAGCAGUACUUUCACAGUGGUAGCACGUACAACAAAAACACCAUAUGUACUGUAGGACACAUGUGAAGAUGUGUCUUGAUUUGUUUUCUAGUUUGUUUGUUUUUCUUUUGUAUUUUUUCAUGAUUCAUUUUUGAAAAGCUAGUAAGUGUAAUCCUUUGCAUGUAUAGUCCCGUGUUUUAUUUUCAGACUUGUAUUGUUUGUAUUUGCACUUUUCUUCAGAGUGAUGCAACUAGGGCACUAUAGAGAAAAAAGGCACUUAAGUUGAACGUUUAUGUAUUAAUAUACCCUUUAAGCACAGUUUAUAUAUAAUAAAGAGUUAUAAUAAACCUGACCUUAAGGGUUUAUGUUAAUUAAAUGUAAUAAUUGAUAAUUAGCACUAAAUCCCAAUGAGAUCUUUAUCUUUUUGAUGCACACCUUUUUGUUUUCUCUGUAAAAGACUCUCAAUUAAACUUUUAUUCAUAAUUGCCUCUUUCAAAAGUCAAAGUACAAAGGCACAUGUAUCAAGACCAUGUUUUUGUUCACAGUGACAUAGUUUUUGAUGUAUAUCUAAAUUUAGCAUCACUGUAAAAAAAUAUUUUUGCACUUAAUUUUUUAAGAUUUUAGUUCAACUUGGAUUUACAAGUCAUUUUAACUGUAUUGGCUACAGUUGCUGUAACUUAUCAAAUAAAGUUUACAUAACUAAAGCAAAUUUCACUUGAUUUAAUAAGUUACAACAACUUAGCACUUGUAAAGAUAGUUUAAAUUAAGUUUACUAACCUACAUACACACUCAUUUGGGUGGCGCCCCAGACACACACAUAUGACACACACAACGAAAUACAGUUUAAAUUUUUUUAAAUAAAUUCUGACUAGUGACUAACAGUGAAAUAGUUCAACUAAAUGAUUUUAUUUUGUAUUAAUUUGCACUAUAUUUAACUUUUUGGUAACAUGUUAAAAUAGCUUUCCUCUCUGGCCAACUUUAAGGGGGCGGUGGCCCCAGCGCCCCCAUUGACCAGCCGCCAUUGUCUAACAAACUAAUGAUGUAUUAUAAAAUAUGAAUUUUGUUUUUAGAUGUAUCAGCAGCUUAACCUUUAUUACACAAUGACUGAAAAUAGAUUUCACAAAUCUAAAAUUUUUUUUUAUUUUUAUUAUUUGCUACUGAUGAAUGCUAAUUAUUUAAGCAGUGUCAAUUUGAUCAUUUUUAAUUUAAAUAUUAUUUAUUCCUAUAUAUCUCUCCUAUUUGAUUGCUGCCACGCACAUAUCAUAUGCCUGAACAAUUUGUUUGUCGAAACGGAAGAGAAUUAGCAAAAUACAGUUGUAUUUAGAUAAUAAACAAUCUCAAGAAUGUGAUUAAAAAUCGUAUGAUUUAA